CUACCAUAAAAAUGUUGGAAGAUAUGCACAAGAUGGAACAGUAUGUAAUGGCCGAGAAAGGAGAGAGUCAUCAGGAACACAUGAAACAAUUCACUGAGAAAAAGAAAGAGGAUCUUGGAUGUCAGGUUGUCAUGGCAUCAGAAACCAUGAAGGCCCCCAUAUGUCUGGUGGAAAAUAAGAACAAGAAGCUGUCGGUGAAUCGAAGAGCCAUCGAGAUUCUUAACAGUAUUUCCCAUCCCGUGGUGGUGGUGGGCAUUGUGGGCAUGUACCGCACAGGAAAAUCAUACCUGAUGAACUGCCUGGCUGGGCAGAACAAUGGCUUCCCUCUGGGCUCCACAGUACAGUCUCAAACCAAGGGCAUCUGGAUGUGGUGUGUGCCUCACCCCACCAAGCCAAAUCACACCCUCAUCCUUCUAGACACCGAGGGCCUUGGGGACGUAGAAAAGGGUGACCCUACAAAUGAUGCCUGGAUCUUCGCCCUGGCUGUCCUUCUGAGCAGCACUUUUGUCUACAACAGCAUGAGCACCAUCAACAAUGAUGCACUGGAGAAGUUGCAUUAUGUGACAAAGCUCACAGAGCUCAUUAGAGCAAAGUCCUCUCCACAAUCUAAUGCUAUAGAAGAUGCUGGAGAGUUUGUGAGUUUCUUUCCAGACUUUAUCUGGACUGUACGGGACUUCACCCUGGAGCUGAAGUUGGAUGGUCACUGCAUCACAGAAGAUGACUACCUGGAGAAAGCUUUGAAGCUAAUUCCUGGGCAGAAUCCCCAAAUCCAGACAUCCAACUGGUCUAGGGAAUGCAUCAGACAAUUUUUUCCCAGGCGGAAAUGUUUUGUCUUUGACUGGCCAGUGAGCGACCCACAGCUCUUAGCCAAGAUUGAGAGCAUACCAGAAAGUCAAUUGAAUCCUAAAUUCCAGAAGCAAUCGAAGGCUUUCUGUUCUUAUAUCUUCACCCAUGCAAGUAUCAAGAAACUCAGAGAGGGAGUCCUGGUCACUGGGAAUCGACUGGGGACUCUAGUGGAGACGUAUGUGGAUGCCAUCAACAGCGGGACAGUUCCUUGCUUGGAGAAUGCAGUAAAAACACUGGCCGAGCGUGAGAACUCCAUAGCUGUGCAGAGGGCAGUUGACCACUACAGCGAGCAGAUGGCCCAGCGAGUGAGGCUUCCAACCAACACGCUCCAGGAGCUGCUGGAUGUGCAUGCAGCCUGUGAGAAGGAAGCCAUCACUGUCUUCAUGGAGCACUCCUUCUUGGAUGACCAGUGGGAGUUCCAGAAGAAGCUUGUGGCUACCAUAGAGAAAAGGAAGGAGGCAUUCAUGCUGCAGAAUGAAGCAGCAUCUCUCAGUUACUGCCAGGCCGAACUGGAGAGGCUCUCAGAGUCACUGAUGGAGAACAUCUCGUGUGGAUCUUUUUCUGUUCCUGGUGGGCACAGCCUCUACUUAGAAGUCAGGAAAAAGGUUGAGCAGACCUACGAACAAGUGCCUAGGAAGGGAGUGAAGGCAAAUGAGGUGUUCCAGGACUUCCUGAAGUCACAGAUAACUAUAGAAGAUUCCAUCUUGCAAUCAGAUAAAGCCCUCACCGAUGGGCAGAAAGCCAUGGCAGCUGAGCAGGCCAAGAAGGAGGCAGCUGAGAAGGAACUGGAGCUAAUGAGGCAGCAACAGACAGAGCAAGAGCAAGCAAAGGAGGCUCAAAUGAGAACUUUGUCAGAAAACAUGGCCCAGCUGCAGAAGAAGAUGGAAAGUGAAAGGGAGAACCUACUGAGAGAGCAGGAGAGGAUACUGGAUCACAAGAUCAAGGCUCUAAAAGAACUAAUUCUUGAUGGAGUUGAGGAGAAAUAUGAUGAUUUAAGAAGAGAAAUAAAGCUAAAAGAAGAAGAGAUUGAAGACAUUAAACACAGCUCCAUUCAAAAUAUCCUUGAUAUUGCUAGCAAUAUAUUAACUGAAUCACUUCCCGUGUUAUGUAAUAUAGGGAUGCAGAUUCUCAGCUCCUAUGUCCUAGGUUAA